GCAAAAGGAGCCAACUAGCAAGCAAGCAAACAAGCCAGCUAGCAAGCAGUCCGUCCUCCCGGCUCCCCAGUAGGAGGCGGGGAGCCGAGCAAGGGGCGUGCAGGAGCCAAGGGGCUGGGCUCCCUCCCGGGUGGCAGGGAGGCCUUGGGGCUCGGUGCGGCCGCCCUGGAUCCGGGGCAAUGGAAGAGGAAAUCGGGGGCCGGUUCCUGAGCCGAGUCGUCGUCAUCCCUCCUGUGUCGCCUGCUGGGCUCGCAGCCUGCCGGGUCGCAUGAUCCCUCGAGCCCGAGUUGCUUUUUUAGGCCAGCAGCCGCCGCAGGCCGGCGGAGUUGCCGGCAUCCCGGCUGCUGCUAUCUCCUCUCCCAAGCUAGGUUUUUACAAAAGAUCUUCCGGGGGGUUGUUGCACCUGCCCUUCUUCGCCUGAGACGGAUUUGAAUCUCUUUCUCUCCCUUCAGAACCUUCUCCUGCCUGCGCAUCACAGAAGAGAACCAGUAAGCAGAUACCAGACUCGGCAAGUGAGCAGGUGUUUUGGACAAUGGACUGGUCGAGCCCAUCCCUAUUAUAAAAAUGUCUCAGAGUAACCGGGAGCUGGUGGUUGACUUUCUCUCCUACAAGCUUUCCCAGAAAGGAUACAGCUGGAGUCAGUUUAUCGAUGUGGAAGAGAACAGAACUGAGGCCCCAGAAGGGACUGAAUCGGAGAUGGAAACUCCCAGUGCCAUCAAUGGCAACCCAUCUUGGCACCUGGCGGACAGCCCCGCGUUGAAUGGAGCCACCGGCCAAAGCAGCAGCCUGGAUGCCAGGGAGGUGAUCCCCAUGGCAGCUGUAAAGCAAGCUCUGAGGGAGGCGGGUGAUGAGUUUGAACUUAGGUACCGGCGGGCAUUCAGCGACCUAACGUCCCAGCUCCACAUCACCCCAGGGACAGCAUAUCAGAGCUUUGAGCAGGUAGUGAACGAACUCUUCCGGGAUGGGGUGAACUGGGGUCGCAUCGUGGCCUUUUUCUCCUUCGGUGGGGCCCUGUGUGUGGAGAGCGUAGACAAGGAGAUGCAGGUAUUGGUGAAUCGGAUCGCAGCCUGGAUGGCCACUUAUCUCAAUGACCACCUAGAGCCUUGGAUCCAGGAGAACGGCGGCUGGGACACCUUUGUGGAACUCUAUGGGAACAACGCGGCAGCUGAGAGCCGGAAGGGCCAGGAGCGCCUCAACCGCUGGAUCCUGACAGGCGUGACUGUGGCUGGUGUGGUUCUGCUGGGCUCCCUCUUCAGUCGGAAAUGACCAGACACUGACCGCCCCUCAUCCUCGCACCCCACUCCACUCCCCGCCACAUCCCUCUGUCCGGCCACCAUUGCCACCAGGAGAACUAACUACUCCAUGCCGCGCAGCCCAUGGCCACCCGCCAGGGUUGGGCCCCUACCUGGUCCCCACAGUUAGUUUUCUAGGAUUCACCAUGCUUUUGUGAGUGCCGCUUUCCCUCACAUUGCAAUUCUCCUGGCCUCAGAUCCACAGUUUCCCCCAAAAUCUGUCCCAUGGAAGCUGGCAAGUGUGGGGGGUGUGGCAGGGGUCUGGAGGGCCCUACCUGAUUGGUGGAUCCCCCCUUAUCCCUUAGCCUCCCGGGAAUGCUUUCCUGCCAGGGAGCUGGAGAGUUUUCUGACCCUUUUACCCAGAAAGAGACUAGAUUGCCUUCGUUUUGAUGUUUGUGGCCUCAGAAUUGAUCAUCCUCUCUCCCCACUCCUAUCCCCAGGACCCGGACUCCCCUUCUUUCAGCCCCGCUUCCCUAUAGCUACGGAGCGGCCACUUCUGACUAGUUUAGGGAUUCAGGCUGCUUGAGAUAAGGAAGCAAGGACCAGGACCCUCUCCGCACCUCUGGCCUGGCCAAAGUCCUCUCCCUCAUCCCAGAGUCCCCUCGGAGGCCUCAGGCGAGAGGUCAACCCCCCAGCUAGGAGGGCGAGGUGGUAGCUGCAGGAAACACCCCAUGCCAAAGCUAGGUUGGUCUCUGCUGUCAGCACCACCCCAGUUCCCUUCCCCUCCUCUGGCUCCCAUGACCAUGACUGAGGGACCAAUGAGGAGGCCAGGGCCAGUGCCCCAAAGCUGUUUAUGGCUUCAGCUGCCUCACUUCCUGUAAGAUCGGCCUGUGGCAUCUUUGCUCUGGGCUGUCAUCCCUAGGAUCCAGGGGCUCUGGGGCCUUGGCAGAGGUGAAGGGGGAGUUGUAGGGAGCAGCUGUGGAAGCCCUCGGGUCUUCCCUACCUCAGGCAGGAAGGGCAGGAAAGAGCUUGGUGGAGAGGAGGAGGCGGCCCAGCAGAUGAGGGACCGCCCCGGUUCGCCUGGGCAGCCGGGCUGCCAAGGGAAGGGGGCCCUGGCCAGGAGCCCACAGGCCUCCCUCUCCUCUGCUCCACUCAUGGCCUGUCUCACCCUGGGGGUCCCUGGCCACCCCAGGCUCUCUGCUGUACAUAUUCGAGACUAGUUUUUAUUCCUUGUGAAGAUGAUAUACUAUUUUUGUUAAGCGUGUCUGUAUUUAUGUGUGAGGAGCUGCUGGCUUGCUGUGCGUGUGCACGUGGAGAGCUGGUGCCCGGAGAUUGGACGGCCUGAUGCUCCCUGCCCUGGUCUGGAGAAGCCAGCCGGGGGUCCUGGCUCCUGAGGGGCCCCUGCCCCUGCCCCAUCCCCACCCCUCACUUGUCCCAGCUCUUUGAAAUAGUUUGUGUGAAAGUGAAAGUGCAGUUCAGUAAUAAACUGUGUUGAUUCAGUGAA